CCUCGUUAGCAGACUCAAACAUCAGCGGACCCUGAACGCAUCACGUUUGAUCAUGUCAUCUGACAUGACAUUCAAACCAGUGCGGGGUUAAUCCCACCAGCUGCACGCUGGACGUGGCUUCCUGAGCGGAUGAACAGUGACAGAUGAUGAGUUUAGUGCCCUGAGGAUUGCGCUCAAGACAGUCAGUGAUCUGCUAACAGCCGUUUAACUCCGCAGAGUCCCGGCCGCGGCGGCAGACUGGAGACCGACUCGGUCUGCAGGGCUUCACAUGAUUCGCUGAGGAAGGAACGCAACAUUGUCCGACCCACACUUCCAGCUCAAGACUUUGAACAUCUCCGGACACAAAGUCUUCACGAGACACGUCUCCAGGAUCGUUACGCACAACUUUUACGCACCACCCCGCCGAUGAACAGACCUCGAUGUCACCAGCAGCGCGGAUUACUGCGAUUUAUAGUCCCAUAGGUGUGAUCAUGUUCAGUGUGCGAACUGCAGAGAUGGACGAAACGGUUCGCUCCACGCUCUGCUGAAACGACACCAAAACCACGGGAACCACUGGGAACUUUGCCUGGAAGAGCGACGCGCCGGUGCCAACAUGAGCCUUUCCUACCAGAGGUGGAGGAUCGUUCAGAUAUUCUUUGCAACAAUUACAGCAGUUCUCACACAAGAUCUGAGCAGUAAAGAGCUGAUGGACAGUAAGAGCCCAGUGCCCAGUGCCUUCUUGCCGGUCAACUACGAGGUGCGAGACGCUGACUACCUCUUCUUAAAGGAGGCUGGGCAGGACUUCAUGAGGAACACCAGCAUGCAGAGUCACACCCAGCCCUUUGUAAUCUUAAGAGCCAGUCGUCAGCCAGCUGUCAACGCCAGCUAUGGCACCAUGUCCACGGAGCAGCUCGUGCCUGGAGAUCUGGUCCAGUCUGUGCAGCUUUUCAACGCUCCGGAGGUUUUCACCUUCAACUGGAAAAUCCAGGCCUUCAUUCUGACACCUCGGGUGUUCUCCUCCAAGCCCAAAGUGCGGGUGCUCUUCUAUGUCGCGGGGAGGGACUGGGGCAGGGGAGAAGGAACUGUGGACGAGCUACCGUGUGUGACAGUGUACGCCUUCUGGCAGACUCAGGAGGUCAGGGCUUCCUGUGCCUUGGGAGGCGAGAGGGGAACCUGCAUGGCUGAGCUGCCUCCUGCGCUGGGCUGGUUUGCCCCGGGGUCAGAGGGCACCAGCAGGGAGAGGCAGGACCCCUCUGCUGGGAACCCUGUGGAGCUGUACUACCAGGCGCAGCCCAAGGUGAAUGGGAAGUGUAACUCUGCGGAUGGGAGUCGCUGGGGAGGCUCGCAGCAGCAGGCGGAGUACGUUCAGCUUACUCCCAUGCAGAGGAUUGGCAGCGUACGUCUUCUGCAGGUGCCCAAAGGGAUGGCGACGCUGUCUCGGCUCAAGCUUGGCAAUGCCAUAGUCAUACGGACAUCCUCCAAACCUCUGAAGAAGACUGACAUCGCCACCUUCUACAUCCUCAUGGCCAGCUCGGCCCAGCUGACGAACUUCACCCUCAGGGCGACAGUAAAGAAAGGCGUGACCUUUCGCACGGCGACACCCAGUAACUCUUUACUGUGGGACAUCACUCUGGAUAUGGGUGGAGACGGAGUCAUCGCUGUUGUUUGCCAGAGGAAGGCUCCCAUACCCGGGAAAAGGCUCGAGAGCAGUCUGCUGGAGGUGCUUCAGAUGGAUUUCGAGGUGGAGGAGCUGAGCAGUCCUCUCGACAGUCAGGUGAUCGUAUGGAAGCUCGAGCUACCAUCGGCAUCCAAAACUGUAGCCAAGACUGAAGGAGCCAUGAGGAUCUACACCACUCAGAGAGACUUUGUUGGCCUGGCUCCUCUUGUAAUGGACACGGACAUCCUGAAUACGGCUGUUCUUACUGGGAAGAAGGUGGUGAUGCCUGUGAGGACGGUGGCUGUGGAGGAAGAUGGAGUAGUCACUGACGUGUCUGACUACACCGACUGUAGCUCCACUGAUGAAGAUGUGCUCAAGGUGUCGGACAGGUGCGACUAUGUUUUCAUGAAUGGCAAAGAGACGAAGGGGAAGGUGAAGAUGAUGGUGAACUUUACCUACAGCUACCUGAGUGCUCAGCUCGAACUCAACGUGUGGAUGCCUCGACUCCCCCUCCAGAUCGAGGUGUCGGACACGGAGCUAAGCCAGAUCAAAAGCUGGCGGGUACCCAUACUAACCUCAAAAAGAGCCGGCUGGAACAGUGAAGAAGACGACAAGAAGGGGAAGGGCUGCAUGCUGCAGUUCCAGCACGCCCUGGUGAGGGUGCUAACUCACUUUGUGGCAGAGCAGGCAGACCCUCGGGAUCCUAAGGCUUAUUUCCUGGGCCCGGACUGGCAGCUGGAUGUCACAAGGCUGGUUCGAUACUUCAUGAAGGUGGAGGACCCUCGUGUUGCAAGGCUGCAAGCAGGAAGGCUGCUGUCAGGGCGAGAUGUUGGGACCACAACUAUCCAGGUGUUUUCUCCACUGUCUGAUGCAAUCUUGGCUAAGACAUCUAUCAAAGUCAUGGAUGACAAAGUGACCAUCACAGAGUUGGGGGUCCAACUGGUGACUGGCCUCUCCAUGACUUUACAGCUCAGUCCAGGAAGCAAUAGGGCUAUUCUGGCUACCACAACCACACAGGAGAUUCUACAGAGCCCCAAACAGGAAGCUUUGGUCAGUGCUUGGGUGCAGUUCAGCGAUGGCAACCAGACGCCUCUCGACAUCUAUGAUCCUGCUAACUACAGAUUGACGGUGACAUCUCUAGACCAGGGCGUGGUGUCCGUGCAGGGUACGCCUCCGACUGUGGUGGCAGAGGGCGAAGGCGAGGGAGUCAUGGUCAGAGUGGAGAUGUCCAUCUGCGAGGCCUGCCAGAAGUCCAAACGUAAAAGCACAGUGGCUGUGGGCAAUGGCAGCCUCAAGGUGAAGUUCCAGGUGAGCAGCCGGCGUCCAGGCAGUGUCGACAGCAGCACUGUUAGCAGCAAGGACAACGGCAGUGACUACGGGAAUGAUGGGGAAGAGGUGGACAGUGAGAGGAAGCAGAGGAGGCCGUCCCAGGAUCCUCCACUGCGUAGCUCAACUUCAGACAGAGAGGAGAGUGCCAUGCAGAAGAUCACGACCACCAUCAAAUCUACAGAACGAACCUUCAUCACCAGCGGCAGCCUUGGAGGAGUGGGUAAGACCAGCAUUUCAGGAAACCCCAGCAGUCCUACCAACGUGGUGAAUAUCAACAUGAUGAGCAGCCCCAGUGACAGCAGCAAAGCGUAUGGCUCAGACAAUAUGAUAGUGGAGGAUAUGGGCAGUGUUAGUUUUACUAGCACUGUGAAGGCCCCUGGGAACCUGGUAAACUAUAACAACUUCCCCACUAAAGUGCAGGUUCCUGGGCAGGUGACGGAGGUGGAAAUCGGUGGUGAAGAAAUGUUGGCCAACAGGCCACUCACAGACUUGGAAAUCGGCAUGUACGCUCUGUUGGGCGUCUUUUGCCUGGCCAUCCUGGUUUUUCUGGUGAACUGCAUCUCAUAUGUGAUUAAGUUCAGGCACAAGAAGCCUCCCUCUCAUGGCCAGGAGCUCACAGGGCACAGGCACGACUGGGUAUGGCUCGGCACAGAUGCUGAGCUCGUGAUGAGCGUGCCGGGCAGUCCUGUCCAGCAAGAUGCUCAGACUACAACCACUGUCAUAGACAUUGGGCCAGAAAAGACUGCCUCUCUGUCCAGAAGGCCCAGUUGCCUGGCUUCUGUUACAGACUCUCCUCUUAGCUGCGUGGGCUCCCUCAGGAGCAAACCUAUGCACACCGAGUCCCUCCACUCACCCACUAGCAAGAGAAAGAGGGUCCAGUUCACCACCUUCUCCACCCUGGAGCGCCAGCAUUCGCCUCAUCUCCCUCCCAGGGAGAACGGCCACGGCAUCCACUGGGUGGGGAAAGAGGACAGUUGUGACGAGGAACCCCAAGUGCCCAUUGCAGAGCCUGGGGAACAGUUAUAAUACAGAACCCAAUCAGACCUCACAUGUACAGUAAAUGUGGCUUUGAUCACCUCAAUGCCUUUGUUAACUCCGACAACUGUCUAGAACAUGUGAUUUUGGGAUUCCUCCACAUUUCAUUACCUAUCAAGGCCUUUUAUAUGUACAUGUACUGUAUAUUAUUGUUAAUAUCACAGAGUGGAUGUGUGUGGUAAUGCUUCAGAUGGUCAACCAGAUGGACUCUUAACUCACACAAUGUUACCAAAUUUUACGUUAUCAUUGAUAAUGCUGCAUGUGGAUAUCUACGUCUCUAAAUUUUUGCACUCACAUGCCGGUAUAUACAGUACAAAGACACAAAAAAAGUAUCCCAAACCACAAAUACAAUAUACCGCUGAGUUAUCUUACAGAACUCAGUCUGACAGACGUGGGUUGCACCAAAAAUGUGUCUUUGAUUAAACAUGAUUCUAACUGAAAUGGGUGUUUUCUAUUAUGUAAUAUCCCAAACCUUUUUUCUUUGUAAAUUCAAGUUGAUCUAAUUUUCAUUAGAGUUCUUUUUUUUUUUCAUUAAAACACUAAGAUCUUGAAUCU